GGUUGGGAGGGGGCUUCCGCUUCCGGCAUUGGAGGCUGUAGCCUCGCUCUGGUCCCUGUGGCUGGCGGCCGAGCCGUGUGUCUCCUCCUCCGCCGCCGCCAUAUUGUCUGUGUGAGGAGAGGGGAGCGCGGCUAGUGCCGCUGCUGCUUCCACCGCAGUUUGAAGAAAAUAGGUCUGAAACAAGGUCUUACCUACAUCUGCCUCUGAACACAGUGACUGCCAGAUCUUCAAACAUCAAGUUCAGCUUUGUCUGCCAACCUGUCUGACAUGUCGGGACCCGUGCCAAGCAGGGCCAGAGUUUACACAGAUGUUAACACGCACAGACCUCGAGAAUACUGGGAUUAUGAGUCACAUGUGGUGGAAUGGGGAAAUCAAGAUGACUACCAGCUUGUUCGAAAAUUAGGCAGGGGCAAAUACAGUGAAGUGUUUGAAGCCAUCAACAUCACAAAUAAUGAAAAAGUUGUUGUUAAAAUUCUCAAGCCAGUAAAAAAGAAGAAAAUUAAGCGUGAAAUAAAGAUUUUGGAGAAUUUGAGAGGUGGUCCCAACAUCAUCACACUUGCAGACAUUGUAAAAGACCCUGUGUCACGAACCCCCGCCUUGGUUUUUGAACACGUAAACAACACAGACUUCAAGCAAUUGUACCAGACGUUAACAGACUAUGACAUUCGAUUUUACAUGUAUGAAAUUCUAAAAGCCUUGGAUUAUUGUCACAGCAUGGGGAUUAUGCACCGAGAUGUGAAACCCCAUAAUGUCAUGAUUGAUCAUGAGCACAGAAAGCUAAGGCUAAUAGACUGGGGCUUAGCUGAAUUUUACCAUCCUGGCCAAGAAUAUAAUGUUCGAGUUGCUUCCCGAUACUUCAAAGGCCCAGAGCUACUUGUAGAUUAUCAGAUGUAUGAUUAUAGUUUGGAUAUGUGGAGCUUGGGUUGUAUGCUGGCAAGUAUGAUCUUCCGGAAGGAGCCAUUUUUCCAUGGACAUGACAAUUAUGAUCAGUUGGUGAGGAUAGCCAAGGUUCUGGGAACAGAAGAUUUAUAUGACUAUAUUGACAAGUACAACAUUGAAUUAGAUCCACGUUUCAACGAUAUCUUGGGCAGACACUCUCGUAAGCGAUGGGAACGCUUUGUCCACAGUGAAAAUCAACACCUUGUUAGCCCUGAGGCCUUGGAUUUUCUGGACAAGCUCCUGCGAUAUGACCACCAGUCACGGCUCACUGCAAGAGAGGCUAUGGAGCAUCCUUACUUCUACACUGUUGUGAAAGACCAGGCUCGAAUGAGUUCAUCCAGCAUGCCAGGGGGCAGUACACCUGUCAGCAGCGCCAAUAUGAUGUCAGGGAUUUCUUCAGUGCCAACCCCUUCACCCCUUGGACCUCUGGCAGGCUCACCAGUGAUUGCUGCUGCCAACUCCCUUGGGAUGCCUGUUCCAGCUGCCACUGGCGCUCAGCAGUAAUGAUCCCCAUCUAUCUCCUGAUGCCUAAGCAGAGGUGGGGAAGUCCACCCUCUCCUUGAUGCAGCUUGCGCCUGGUUGGGAGGGGUGAGAAAACUUCAGAAGCACCGUGUCUGAACCGUUGCUUGUGGAUUUAGUAGUUGAGUCAUAAAAAAUUAUAAUAGGCUGAUUUCUUUUUUUUUUUGUUUUGUUUUGUUUUUGUUUUUUAAACUUGGACUUUUCAUAACUCAGGGUAUUCCCUGAAAAAUUACCUGCAGAUGGAAUAUUUCAUGGACAACUUUUUUCUCCCUUUCCAAAUUCAGUUCAUCACCACUAAAGAAAAAGAUAAACUGGCCUCAAUCCCAGCUACUGUGUUUGGGUGGAGAUUUCUUCCCCUUCCCACAAUGCUCUCUCCACAUUACUACACUCUUGGGGCACAGAUCUCAUGCUCUUCCCCAGAGAUUAGAAAGUGUAGCUUAUCAAGGGAGGUGGGAAGGAAAUAGUUAGGGAGGACCCAGUCUAUCCUGAACAUUGUUCUGCUGCUGGUCACUUCAUCACCUUUCUUCAGGACUGCGUCCAUGGGUUAGUCCAGCUCUGGUGGAGGUGGAUCUGUCUUCGUUACAUCAAGAUGUUAAAAGUCUACCCGACUUGCAGACAGAUCCUAAAGCUUCUUUUCUGAUUGAAUCAUGUCUUGCUGACCUAACCCUAAAUCGUUUUUAGUUGAGUUUAAAUCUGUGAUAACUUUCUCUCCUGGGCUCCUGCUUUGGUCGUUCCCUUUUCAUCUCCUCACAUGCUGUGCUUCAUAGCUGGUAGGAGAGGGAAGGCAAACUCUUUUUCAGUUUUCUUUGACUUGGCCAUUUUGAAGUCAGUUAGUUAUGGGGCAUAAUUUAUUGCUUUUUAAAAAAGAAAUACUGUCCAUGUAAGUUUCAUGCUAGUACUCUUAAGAGCUAACGGGUGAUGUGGCCACACUGGGUUUAUUUUAAGCUUUGUACUUUUCUCUCCUCCUACCUUGCCCUUUCUUCACAUGCCAUCUAGUGAGGAGACCUUGCUCUCAGAGUUGUAAUUGUAUCUGAGAGGCAGGAGCAGAGCCACCAUCUCCAGUGAACCAGAAAUGGUAGACCUGUAAUUGUGGGAAACUAUCAGUUCUCUUGUUAUGGCCCUGCCACCCCUCGCUGUGUGUAUAUAUAUAAAACUUUGUCCUUCAUAUGUGAAAGAUCCAGUGUUGGAAUUCUAUGGUGUAAAUAAACGUUUGGUUUUAUUUAUCAAGGGUAGAUUUAAGUUCCCUGUGUAAAGGUCUCGCUGGGUGGGUGUCUCACAUUCAAACCUGAGGGGACUACAGCCCAUACCAUGGAGGCUUCCCGAGGGCCUCAUUUUUAUGCACCCCUCGUUCGACCCAUGGUACUGGGCAGGGCAGAGGCCUUAAAAAAAGCACCACAAGCCAAAGCGUCUCUGGGGAUUAAGGAUCCUUUGCCAUAAAACUCAUUCUGUGUCUCAGCAUUGCAGGGAUUGGGGAUAGGACAAGUCGCCAGUUUGUGUGUUUGUGUGUGUGUAAAGUGGACUUUCCACUGUAAUCCAGCCACCUAAGUUUAUCAGGUGCUUCACUGAGGAAGCCUAGUUUUUUAAGCACAAUAGCAAAUCAUCAGCUCUGUAUUUUCUCCUGUUGUUUCAUUACAGUAGCUGCCUAUGGGGACUAGGAAAAAAAAUCUUCCAACAUAUUUUAAGGCCUAAAAUCUUAGUUCCCCAUUCUCCUACCUUUAUAGACUCAUAAGCCUUUCUCACCUGGCAUCAUAGACAAAACAUAAUUGUUUGGGGAGUUGGAUUUAAUUAACUUACCUAACUUUGUAAUCCAUCUUGGCUUUAGUAACUUUAUCAAGGUGGUGGCUUUAGCAGCUGUAAUGAUGAAAGUAGAGGAUGCUAAUGCCUUUCUUAACCUUUCUCAACCACAGGGAGAGCUAGAAAGAAACUUUCUGACUGCAGAGUGAUUUUUCUUCUUUUUGGCCACUUGCAGUGACUAUUUAUUGUACUUGAUUCUUGUAUACCCUAGCGUGCUGUGAGGGUUACCAUGUUGGAUUUGUGCGGAGCUGAAAGUACCAGGUGUGCUAGAGAUGCGGUUUGUGAUUAUGUUUGCACUGGAUCGUGAUUUGAACAAGACACUUAGACUGAAUUCUUUCUUUUGAGGUGGAGAGGAAGGUUGUAAUCAGGACUCCACACCCUACUCACAGCUCAGAAAUGUAGAUGUGUUUGAGGCUGCUGUGGAUAGCUGCAGACGGCUGGGCCUCCUCACACUCAUCACACCUAGUACAAGAGCUGAUGGUGAAUGCAGAGGACUCUGAAGUGCCACCUAAGAGCCCUGUAAAAUAAAUAGAAAUGGAAAAGAAGCAAGGAGUCACGCAGAAAUGUGGAGGGUUUUAAAAGACCUGAGUGGGUGGUGGGUAGGGAGGGUCAGGGUUUACAGAGUAACAACUUCUGUGUUGUAAAUUACCUCAUCUGUACACCUUGUAUUGGGACACUAUUUCUCAGCACUUCCUGUGUCUGCAUUGCUUAGAUGGUGGGAAAUGAAUGCCAAUAUAAAACAACUGUGUUGGCAAAGUAUUUUUUACUUUGUUUUGAAGUGUGCCCUUCCCCUCUUUAAGUUUAAAGUCAGAAUUCCCCUCUUUGGUUUAUUGGUUGUAAUUGUAUUGUAAUUGGUAUGACUAAGACAUAACUGUGCUGGGAAGAAGUUGUGCCAUGAAGGUCUUUAAUUUUUUUUUUAAUAAAAACAUUUAAAUAAAUGAAAUGUCCCUGUAGCCUGAGCAAUAUGCUUCUCCAACCGACAUCGUGUGUAAUAAAGGAUGACUUAGUUUUCGUGUGAUUUGAACUUAAUACUGGGUUGGUGAAGAUGUUAGGUGGGAGAAAUUGGUAUUGGUGGUAAAACUCUAAAGUCUGAGAGUUUUGACAUUGAAGAGCUGUGGAAGGGAUCACGGUGAUUCUAUUUCCUUUACGUCUCUGUCAAACACAUUGUUACUAGGUAUAUCACAUAUCAUCUGUUAGAUGGGGCCGCUGUUAUUGGCAAUGUGGUGAAGAUGUAUUUAUGUCAGGUGUUUGGCACUGACCUUAUUCCUCUGGUUAGUCCUUGAUGUUUCCUGUGUCAGCAGUUCACAGUACAGUUUGGAAGAGGCCCUUCCAUCUUCAGGACCUAUAUGCUCUAUGUGUUUUAAGGGAGGAGAAACUAAAUUUGAAUUGUCUGAGGACUUGCUUGCCUCUAAUAACUGACUUUUUUUUUUUUAAAGAACUUCUGAGUGGUACUUAAUUUUAAAAGGCCUGUGGAAAGAGCUUGUUUUGGGGGGAGGGGUGCAAAUGUUGGUUAAAUGUGUUAUGAUCCCUGUGGACAGUCAGCCUUGAAGAUAGCCUAACUAUGGAGGCUGUUUUGCAGUUUUAGAGACCUGGGCUGGUGAGCUGUGGGAACAGGUAACUGUCAGCCAGUUGAGAAAAGUCCUCACAGACAGAGCAGACCCCAUUUGCUUCUCACUUAACCGUAGUUGUAAGAGCUGGAGGAUGCUGGUAUCUUGGAUUUCUCUUUUGUCUUAGAUCCUCACUGCAUAGGAUUUUAUAGCUCCAACUUUGAGCCGGGCCGUGGUGGCGCACGCCUUUAAUUCCAGCACUUGGGAGGCAGAGGCAGGCGGAUCUCUGUGAGUUCGAGACCAGCGUGGAACUUUGAUUAUUAGAUAUUGAGGAGCUAGGUUGAGAUGUAAGAAACUGUCAUGUAAUACAAUUAGAGUUGAUCAUUUGAGCAGAUCCUGAAAGAUGUAGUUUUGUUCUCAUUCUCCACAAAUCUCACCAUCAGGUUUGAGUGGGUCUUGUACUCACAGGUCCUUUCCUGCCUUCCUGCUGUUUUUCUUCUUAGUGGUAUAGUUUUAAGGAAUGUCCCUGGUUGUGGGUGAUGUAUACCAAAGAGGCUGGCUAACUUCUAGGACCAUUUCUUUCCUUUUUUGUUUUUUCAAGACAGGGUUUCUCUGUGUAAUAGUCCUGGGUGUCUCCUAAGUUGUGAAUAAAGGUGUGCACCAUAGCGUCCAGCCUAGAACUAUUUCUUGGUUGAGAAAGAAGUUAAAUUAACCAGAAGUCUUUGGGGUGACCCUUCCUUCCUGAGAAAUUGGGUCUGAAAAGUUGGAUCCUCAUUUCCCACCCAUGUGGAAUUUCCUCUCCUUGCUUCUACUGUUGCCUUUCUUUGUCUGGCCACUUGAACCUUCUUUGUAUUAUUUUGUUGAUAUAAUUGUCCUUUCUACUUGCAAGUUAGCUCCCUGGUGACCUUAUUUGUCUUACUAAAACCCUUUUUCUAAAAUGUAGGCUAGUGUCUCCCAGUAUUGAAGAGGGCUGAAUGGAAUAAAUAACAUAGUGCUUCCUAAGUGGCUGGUUCCUCGCUUCCACUCCAUCCUCUGCCCUCCACACAUGCAAAUAAUGGAAAUGCCAUGACAAGGUGCAUCUCAGAACCUUGUCCUUGGGUCUCUAGCUGUAAUUAUAAGCCGGAGGCCAGAUUCAACCAGUAGGACAAGAAAAUGGCUAUGGCCCUAGUCAGUAAGUGAACGAGACGAAGCAAUAAUUCCAACCAGUGUAGAAGAUUUGAACACAGAAAUUUGGUUUUGAUAUUUUUGCUGUUGUUUUUGUUUGUGUGUGUGUGUGUGUUUUUUUUUUUUUUUUUUGGCAGGCCCUCUAGUUCCCAAAGCCUAGCACUGCACUUUGCUGUUCUUCCCACUCUUUCUUUUUACAUUCUGUCACUCUGGCCAGAGUAGGGUUCUUGUUGACCACCUUGAAGUGGCCCUGCCCUGGACCCUCCAGGCUCUUCCAGAAUGGCUAGUCCAUUCCUUAGAGGAGUGGCUACAGGGAUUGAGGAUUUCUCAGUCAAUAGCAUUUGUGCCUUACUCACUUUGACCAGAAUUAUCUUCUUGACAAAGAAGGGGAGAAGGGAACAAUAGUAGCUUCCUAAGCCACCCUGUGAUUCUCAGCCAUAUAUAAAAUACUUGUACCAGAAACCCGGAAAGUUGGGUGUUAAACUUCUUGUUGAAAAGGCCUAAACCUCUCACAGUGACUCAUGUAGUCAGUCCAGGCUGGCCUGGAACUCAAUAGGUAGCUGAGGUGACCUUGAACUCAUGAUCUUGCUUCUACCUCCCAGGUGCUUGUAGGCAGACUUUUCUGUCCCACCCAUCAGUUCCCAAUAACUGACAUGGAGACUUUAUAUUAAUUAUAAAAACUCAUAAAUUUUAAAUUAAUGCAUUUAUAUUAAUCUACAUUCUGCCACAUGGUGGCAUCUUGAACCUCUUGUUUCCUCUCGAUGUUUAGCUGGCAGCUCUUGACUCUGCCCUUCUUUUUCCCAGUGUCCUUAGUCUGGUUCACCCACCUAAUUUUAUCCUCUCCAGCUUUUGAUCAGUCAGCUUCUUUAUUAAGCCAAUCACAGCGACAUACAUUCACACAGUGGUGGUAUUAAUCUCCUCCUCCACAUCCCAUUCUGUAUAUUCAUAUCCAUUCCUUUCCUUGCUCCCCAGCAGAGGUUCAUCCUUAUCUCCUACUUUGACUAUCUUCCCAAAGUGUAUAUAUUUUUAACCAUUUAUUUUUAUUUUAUUUUGAGAUAAGACCUCACACUAUAGCCUAGGUUGGCCUGGAACUUAAUAUGUAGCUCAGACCUUGAACUUGCCUUUAAUCUUUUAUCAACAAAUAUGUUUGUGUUCAUGAGCCUUGGCCUAUGUGAAAUAAUUUGAAGCAAGAAGUAGAUACAAUCUUAUGUGUAGAAAUAUCAAAUAGGAAAGUGAGAAUCAGGGUCAUUUAUAUGGAAUAAUUCCAACUGGUCUGUUUUUUAAUUUCCUAGAUUGGAGAUUUUAGCUUUGUAUUGAAACCUAGGAUGUGUAAGGCUCUGGACUCUCUAGCACUGCAAUAAAAUAAUAAAUUGAUUAAUUAUGUAUGGGAAUUAAGGAUUUCAUGUCAACAUGGUAAAAGGAACUAAUUUGUAUAGGUUAUUACUACUCCAGAUGCAUAUAAACACCUCAGUUUACUUGAAAAUAGAAGGCCAGAUUAAAUAAAGGGAAAUUCCCACUUCUCAAAGGAAGUUAGGAUUUACACUGAGGAACAAAUGCAUACUGAAAACUAGCUAGAAAUGAGCCUCAGAGGAUAGGGGCUUGUGUUGGCAGAGAGUGCGUGCACCUUUUGAGGUAGAAGCUGAAACAGUCCCGUGAUACUUGUCGAGGCUGCCUUUCGGGGAACAUCUGGAAGAAAACAAAAUCUUAGCUAUAAUUGCCUCUGGAAAAUGAGGUUACAGUAGCAUGGGAAACCCUACUAGGAAAAGGCCCUGAACUGUGAGAAUCAGAACUAUUCUUGGCUUCUGUUUCCUGAGUGUACAGCUGUGUUUUCAAGGAGUCCCCGCGCCCCUUCUGCUUUGUUAAAAUAAACUCUCUUUUUGCUUUUGUUCCCGCUUUAUACUCUUGCAUCCACAUAGACUUCUAGGGCAAUUGGUCUAGACUAAGUUCAGCCAAGCAGCUGUCCUUCAGGGUUAGCCUCUGCUGGAUUGCUCAUCUCCAUUUGGAUCAGAUUCACAUUUGUUCCAGGUGGUUCCUUCUGAGUCACAUCCUGAACUAGCUGCCUGGGACAUGUUAUCCAUGGUGAACUGCAGAAGCACAGAGGCCAGAUGAAGUCACACAGGUAUGUGCCACCUUGUUGGCCUCAAGUCGUCAAGCCCGUCGUCAGUGAGACAAGGACAUACAUAGACCUCACGUUGAGAGAACUGUAGGAAGUAAUAUGGCAAAGGAUAUGAUACAUAGUCUUAUAAGAUAGUGGGAGAACUGAGACCACUAAUGCAAUCAAUCAUGCUAUCUCAGCAGAAACUGAAGCUGUCUAACCGCUGAUGACUCAGGAGUGAGCAUUGUGGGUAAUUUUAAUCAUUUGAAGUCAUACAUAAGUUCUAUCUAUAGUCAUCCCUUUGUAUUCAUGAAGUACUGGUUCUAGAAGCGAAGCCCCCCCCUCAAUCUGUCUAACCUUGAGUUCCUUCUGUAAAAUGGCCUUGUAGUUAAUUUCAUACAUUUCCCACAUACUUGUAAGCCACCUCUGUAUAGUAUCUAAAUACAAUGUAAUGCUAUGUGGAUGGUUCCUGUAAGGGAAGACAAGUUGUCCUUGUUCAAUCCGGAACUAAUCAUUUUCUUUUAGGGGAUUUUCAGUUCUCAUUUGAGUGGAUAUAGAACUCAUAAUUACAGAGGACCAUUAUAUAUGUAUUUAUCAGAAAUCCUUGUACUUUUUGUUUGUUUAAAAGAAAGGUUUGUUCUUAAUUAUGUGUAUGGAUAUGUGCUUAUGAAUGUGGAUGCUUACAGAGGCAUUGUGUCCUCUUGAGCUGGCGCUGCAGGGGGUUGUGAGCCACUCGACAUGGGUACUAGAAAUUGAACUCAGGUCCUCUAGAAGAGCAGUGUGAGAGCUCUUUGACUAUUGAACCAUCUCCAGCCUUCUGUGUGUGUGUGUUUCUUGACAGGGUUUUAGCCCUUGCAGCAAUCCUGCAUCAGCCUCCUGAGUGCAAGGAUUACAAGUGUGAGCCUCCACACCUGACAUAAUUCUUGUUUUCCAACAAUUGAAAUCAGUUCCAAGUUUGAGGCUUCCUGGCCAGAACAACAUGAAGUCUUGCUACACAGAGAGCUUCUGCAGUCUAGGAGUGUUAUGUUUUGGGGGACGUGGUUACAUGUGCUUUCACUUGGUAAUUAUUAGUUAAACAGUACAAUAUGAUUGGCAAAAUUGUAAGGGGUUCAGAUGUUAAAAGGUUUUAAAAGAAAAAUGGGAAAAGCAAAAUAAAUUCAAAAUUGAACCAACGCUAAGAGCAUGGGGGACGUUAACAUAAAUCCAUCAUCCGGUUAGCUGUGAGGAGAACUUGCAGCCGUCAUGACUUGUCUGACCAAAAUUAGAAUGUCACAAUAAAGAACUAGUGUGGGAAGUGUGGGUGUGGUAGCGUCCAUAACAGGAUGAACAGUUUAGAAGCACUCAACACUUUAUGAGACGUUAUGGCUAAAAUUGAAAAAUCAACAAUUAGUUCUUUAUGCAUGUUGUUUUGAUAUUUUUAUUGUUAACAUAGUAGAACUAUGUACUUGUAACACUGUAUUGCUCUGGUUAAAACAUAACCAAAUUUUAAUAAAUGGAUAUUUAUUUUGAAUA